CAGCAAGUUAAUCACCCGUCCUAGCACCCGAAACCCGUUGCACAUCUCCCAAUCAAUCGCGGCGGCUCUCAUCUUGCCGACUCACCUCAUCCGCCUCGUGGCACGCAAGAUGGACGCCCUUCAGCUCAAGGUCGAUUCCAUCAGCGGCGAGGUGAGAGAGAUUAGCGUCGCGCUUAAGGGCUAUCUCGAACAUGGCCUUGCCUCGGGUCGCAAGGUGCAGCCGCCGAGGACGAAGGCUGGGAGAGACUUGCUGCAACAUCUCUUGGGCCGCCUCGACCAGGUGUCUACCGGCUUGAAUAAUGUCCGGGAGCUAGCCACGCCUCAUGGUUCGCCCACGCCGUCGUCGGUUCGCGGCUCCGACACGCCUCUAUCAUCAUCAUCAGCCUCCCUUCCUCUUUCCAAGCGGGUCCUCCAGUCUCCAGCAGCACAGGCCGAGCAUCCAGACCCGGCCGCCCAGCGCAACAUUGGCAUCCACUCGGCGGCUCCCGCCCCGGUCCCGGCUGUGGUGCGGUCCCCAGACACGGAAUGCAAAUCGGCUUUGGCGCCGCCCAUCAAAGAGGCUCCCUCCGCCGCCAUCCGCGGGCGCGAUCACGGCCUCCACCCUCAGGCUCCCUACGGGAUCACGUUGAGCAACGGCGCCGUCUAUCGGAGCCCGGUGCCGUCCGAGCAUGAUGCAUCCCCCCUCUUCGAUUGCACUUACCAAGACAUUCAUGUCCUGAACGAGGAGCUCUUCGAGAUCUACUCGAGCCAUCCAGCUGUCCAGGAUGUCGGCUACUUCAAGAUCCAAGUUCGGGAUCUCCCACCACUCAAUGUGCAGAAGAUGGCUCGCCCCGGAAAAGAUCAUGCGACCUCAUUUACCUACAAGGUCGACCGGCUGGGCCUCGUCAAGAUCGAUACCGGCAGGCGGUUCAAGUUUUCGUCGCCUAACCUCCCUCUUCCCGUGAGUGCCAAGACGGAAUGGUCCCUGGAGGAGCAGAAGGAGCUGUGGAAUUCCUCCGCUGCGAAUCCGCCCAAGGGAACUUGGCCAUACAUCAUUGGAAAUCCCCUGUUCGAGGAUGUUGAGCUGUCUCCCGGCGAGAAGCUACGGCGUAGAGGCCGCACCAAACUCGAGGGCAUCAAUACUCAAUAUGUCUACUUCAACCUCACCGGAAAGACCCUUACGACAAUGCACAGGGAAGACGCGCAUGUGCGGUCCGAGAACCUCCUCCGCUCCGGAGAGCACAAAUUCUGGUGUUUUAUCAAGCCUGCCUCUGCCAAGAAACUCGAAGAGAGGAUGGCCAUUGAAUACCCCGAAAUGCGUCACUGCUCGCAAGCCGUGAGGCACCUCAGCCGAUUCAUCCCGCCUUCUAAAUUGGACGAAUGGGGAAUCGAAUAUACUCUCGAUUACUGCGUCCCCGGACAGGCCAUCGUGACAGAGCCGGGGACUUAUCAUCAGGUCUUGAAUCUCGGUCCUAACUACGCCAUUGCCAUCAACCUCGAAUAUAACUCAUCACCGGAUAUGCCCCCUGAUUACCGGUUUUGUGACCGGAAUUGCCCCGAUAAGUUUGCUAUGUCUGCGGAAGACUUCCAAAUCUAUGACAAGCCGCCGUCGGAGCUCGAACGCCGGCUACCUGGCACCCCCGAGACGACGGGGUCGCAAGAAGGACAUGCAGCCCCUGCCGCUGGUUGCGUUUCUGGACCACGAGCCGAGCCCGCCGGCUCGCAGCUCACGCAGUCGGCCACUCCGCCGCCUGAACCUGGCGCGUCGCAUACGGGACACACAGCGACAGGACGGGUAGCGGACGUGGUUGUAGAAAGAGGGGAGGUGUCGACGACAUCAGUGGAUGCACCAAGGGCCCAAGCUGAUGCCCGUCCGGCUGAAAGGAGCACGUCAUUCAGAUCUGCCGAGCAACCUACCAACUCACCCCGAGUGGCCGCCGAGACCGGUGACUUGACACCUCGAACGCAGCCGCAACAGCUCGCUCCGGAUGUUGUCGCGAAACCCGUCACGAUCGUUCCGCAGCAACCCCCGUUCGCUACCCAUGCCAAGAUCCAAUCUGUUUCAACCGGCGGAAAGAAGGAGGAUUUGCCACCUUUCCGGAAGACCGCGAGAAUGAUUAAUCCCAACAGGGACCAUGACGUGCCGAGUCCGAGACCUUCCAAGAAGCUACGAGUGGAAACACCAUCAGCAGCCGUAUCGCAAAACUUGCCCGUCAAAAGCGCCCUUGAGCGCCUUUCCACGCUCCUCAAGGCUCGUGAGGCUGCUUUUGCUGGAAGCCUGACGGCCGAUAAACUCGGCGGUAAGCCGUCGUUCGAGCGCCUCGCGCACUUGGUUCGAGAGUGGAGACGGUAUUCCAAGUCAGCGCCGACGGUGUUGGGCAGGUUUGGGCUCGUCAAAUCCGUCGAGGAGUCGGCCCACGGAUAUCCGGAACUGCACGUCUUCCUCUCGCGCUUCUUCAAGAUGAAGCUGGCACUCUGUGUUGAGUUCGCGGUGACCCGGCCAGGGCACCUUACGCCACACAACUAUGUGAACGGGAUGCUUCAGUCCCUGGGCUGGGACGAAACGAAGCGGUCGCAGCUUGAUGACUGCUUGCGCGAAGGGAAGUGUUGGGCGACGAUUUGCGGGGAAUAUGACGGCCUCCUCUGCCUCAUUCCGCACGACCUAGACUGCACGGAAUUUGCCCUGUUCAAGGGCGAAGUGGCGCGCUUGCAUACGGAACUGGACAACGAGUUCGUUCGGCGGCUGUGCAGCGUCGGUGCGAUCCUGCAGAAAUACAUCUGGGAAUGCUUGGAGCUACCCGAGUUCAUCUGGGAGAGCAUGACGACCACCUACCUCUCGGUCGACCAGAUCUCUCCCCUUCUCGCCCCGUUCCGCCUGCUCAAGCAGAAUCACUACAAUAGCCGGAGCGGGUAUCUCUGGCCUCGGCCGGCCGGCUGGGAUUGGGACUGGCCGUCGGACCCCAGCCUAGUCAGACCUGGCGACAAGCUGUGCAGCCUCUGCCCGCGCAAGAAUUGCCGCUGUGCCGAGGUCAAGAUUCCGCAGAUCCCGCGCAUCUCGGACGACACAACAAAGGGACCCGGCAUCCGGUCGGUGGGCACGCACAAGGCAAAUGAUAUCCUGGGCGAGCUGGUCGGCGAGCUGGUGCCGCCGGGCUCCUGCCCCGGGCACUGGACCAUGCCGCUCCGGCGGCCGGAUCUGGAUGACGAGACGGUGGCGGAGAUCUAUCCCGGCCGGAUGGGCAACUGGGUGCGCAAGGUCACCCACAGCACGGACCCGUCAGCCGCGUUUAGGGUCAUGAAGAUAUCUGGGCGGUGGAGGCAGAUGCUCGUGGCCGUGAGGGCCAUCGGAGACGGCGAGGAGAUCACGGCCAAGUACGGGAACGGGUAUCUCAAGGAUCAGCCUUAUUCUCUCGUCGAGGGGCUGCAUUGAACGGAUUUGCGGGCAGAGUACGGUGGGCGUUUAAUGUUGGUUUGAUUCAAGGAUGGAAAAGUAGGCGGCGUUUCUCGCAUUGUGGUGUUAUCUUGUCUCGGGAAUCCUGGCUUCUCUGGGAGGGCGUUAUUCUGCUCGUCAUUGGCGCUCAUGGUUUCUGGCUUUCUCAAUGUCUCAAAGCCCUGAAAGCGGCAUAUAGCCAUUCGGCGGGGGGAUGGUACAGUA